GGCACCACCCCGCUGCCGAGUGAAGCAAUGGUGGACAAGGCGGCGGGAGAUGGGGACGACCCGAGGUGGAGGCGGAGCAGCACCGAUUGCGUCUCCUUCCUCGCCUCCCGCUUCGCCUGCACCAAGGGGGCGAAUUGCGAGUUCCGGCACUGCGAGGGCGCGCGUUUCAGCCCGAGCUGCUGGUACUGGUUCCAAGGCAACUGCGUCAAUCCGAGCUGCACCUUCCGCCACCCCCCAUUGGAAAGCUUGAACCAUACCAAACUCUUGGCAGAUCCACUUCCAUCAUAUUCUUCUGCUUCUGUCAAGGCAGCUAGUCCUUGUUACUUCUACUACAACUCAUACUGUAAGAAGGGUGGCAAUUGCCCCUUUCUACAUGAGCCUCCAACUUUUAACAAUGUUGUUGGAACUUGUUCUGGAGCCACCACUUCUAACAUUGCUGUACAUGGAAUUACUGCUGUAGAAGAGAAGAUUGAAUCAUCGAAAUAUGCUCUUGCUAAUCCUUAUCAAGGCAGCCCUGAACACAUAAAGAAACACCACUCGAAAGGAGUUUCAGAGUCAAGCAGCCCCGUAUUUAAUGGAGCUACUUCAAAUGCACCUGAAACAUCAGCUGACACAGUUGGAUACAUGAAAAGCUCCACGCCGUCUGAUCGCAGUUCAGGAGAUUCAGGAAUGGAACAUGCAGAACAAUACGAAUCACGUGAUUCCUCCCCUGGAUUUGAUGUGCUUGUGGAUGAUGGACUCCUGGACGAGAUUGAUCUUGAGCAUCAAUUGGCACAGGAAAGAGACACUGAGGUGCUUAAUGUGAAACAUUAUAUUGGAGACCCAACUGUUUGUGCUCUGGAUUAUCAUGAUGCAGAGUACCAGGAACAAGGACUUAGUGUCUUUGAACGUGGCUGUUAUCUUAAUUAUCUUGAAGGAGUUCAAGGGCAUGAUUGUUUUACCACUUUAGGACAUAUACCACAUAGUAGAUUAGAUAUUGUAAAGUCCAAUUCUGAAGAACAUGGCAAAAGAUUCUUCGACCCAAGAAGUUUAAUGUGCUCGUGUGCUGACUUUGAUCAUCAGAGCACUCAGAUUGGACACAUAUCAAAGCAAAGACCUGAGAGGAGAAGAAUUGCAAAGGGCAAGAAUGGUCGCACUAAGAGAUGUCGUAUUCAAGAACCCAGGAAUGGUUCUGAGGAGAUUGAGCAAAGACCAACUCAUCACAUGCAAAAUUCGUUGAUGGGAGAUUGUUCUCGUUCUCUUGUCUGUGCAACCUUCAGAGGACAGAAGAAGAAAAGUAGAAGAAGGCAACAACAUGCUCGAUCUGCUAGAUCAUCAAACUAUACUAAUGCAAUUGCAAAUCACCUUAAUAAUCCUGAAGAUUUUAAGGGUCCAAAGUCCCUUGCCCAGAUAAAAGAAGAAAAGUGUAGAUCCAGGUCAAGUAUUAGUCAUCCUACUGUUCACGUGGCUCACAGGAGAUCGUCCUCAAAUGAUUUUGAGGGGCCCAAAUCUCUGAGUGAGCUUCUAAAGGCCAAGGGUAGGACUCCUGCUGGUUAA